AAUAAAUGCGAGCGUCACUAAAAAAGAAAGAAAGAAUUAAAUAAUUAAUUAUUAUCAGAAAAGAAACAAAAGUGCAUUCGAACUCAUCCGAAUACGAUGCUCUAUAAAUACAAAGAACUUCUCAUCACUUUGAUCGUAGGAAGAGCACGAGCCAGCCCCCACAAGUGGUGUCUUCUCUCUCUCUAUAAAUAGUUUUUUGAAUCCAUAAUUCAAGAAAAGUUUUAAAAGAGUUAAAAAAAGUUUUUUGAUAUGGAAUUAAAGAUGUCGGAAUCAGCUAAGCCUUACUUUGCAAUGGUAUGUCUUCAAUUCGGAUACGCCGGCAUGAACCUCGUGACCAAGGUUGUGCUCGACCGAGGUAUGAGCCAUUACGUGCUUGUGGCUUAUCGUAACGCCUUUGCCACGGCAGUUAUCGCACCUUUUGCUCUUCUCUCCGAGAGGAAAGUGAGGCCGAAGAUGACAUUUCCAAUAUUCAUGCAAAUAUUUGCUCUAGCUCUUCUUGGGCCUGUGAUCGAUCAGAACUUAUAUUACACCGGUCUUAAACUCACUUCACCGACUUUUGCCAGCGCCGUCACCAGUAUCGUGCCUGCUUUGAUCUUUAUCAUCUCCAUGAUUUGCAGGAUGGAGAAGGUGGAGCUGAGAAAAGUAAGAUUCCAAGCAAAAGUGGUGGGGACGUUAUUGAUAGUGGUUGGAGCCAUGUUGAUGAUUCUAUUCAAAAGUCCUCUAAUCAACUUUCUCCGAUCGCACCUCAUCGGCGGUGCUUCGUCUCCGGCCGGUGAGGACUACUUCAAGGCCACCGUCUUCCUCCUCAUCGCCUCGUUUUCUUGGGCUUCCUUCUUCGUUCUUCAGGCGGCUACGUUGAAGAGAUACUCAUCUCACCUUUCAUUAUCGACGAUGGUGUGCUUCAUGGGAACGUUACAGUCCACAGCCCUAACGUUUGUGAUGGAACCAAACCUUUCUGCAUGGAAUAUUGGCUUUGACAUGAACCUUCUAGCCUCUACUUACGCGGGUAUAAUGUCAUCGAGCAUAGCGUACUACGUUCAAGGUUUGAUGACGAAGCAAAAGGGCGUUGUCUUUGUCACUGCGUUUAACCCUCUUAUCGCCAUAAUAGGAUCCAUCAUUGGCUUCCUUAUCUUGGGCCAACGAUUAUACCUUGGCGGGGUUCUUGGAAUGACGAUACUAAUGGUGGGAGCCUGCGCGGUUCUAUGGGGAAAGGAAGGGGAUAAAGAAGAGAACAGUGAGGAGAAGUUUGUAGAAGUUGUAAAAUGCUGUAAAGGCUGCGGAAACAAUGGUCUCUCGAUGCCAAAAAUUGAUGAGGAAGUAGAUGUUGAAAUGCAAUCUACGGGGAAAGCUAAGAUAGUGGUUGGUUUAUUGUAGUCUCGUGAGUAGAAAAAUGUUCACGAGCUUAAUUAGAUGUAUUAAGUCUCUCUCUUUCUUUUUUUUGGUGUAGAUAGAGGAGCAACUUGUUCUUUGUUCUAUUAAAAAGCUCCAACUUUUUGUUUUUAGGUUUUAAUUUUCUAAUCUUAAUUAGUAAGGUAACUAUGAUUAUAAUAAAUGUUUCAAACCCUUUAGACCAAUUAGAUUUAAUAAUCUCCCUCAUUAUAA